AGCUGAAGCGAGAUUCACUUCCAGAAUUGUCACCCAAAAACAUCGGAUACCACAACGACCUAGUAAUCUCAAGCAGCCCAGUCCCCAAACCUUGACUUCCUCCCUCCCUCUGUUCCUUUACAUAAAACCCAACUCUUCAGAUCGACAACUAUGAAAGUUGACAUAAUGAAUCAACGACGUUUGUUUGGGGUUGACAUGGACUCAUUUCAGAAGCUUGUUGAUGGAUUGGACGUUCAAUCGUGCGACGAACUGACAGGAAGACUUCAGGAGGGGGAUCAACAACGAUAUCUUGAUGUUUGUAAGAAGUUUGAACCUUGGGGACGGGAAGAUCUUAUACAUCUUUCAAAAAUUGCGCCGCCAAACUUCUUUGUUGAUAUUAUCGCCUUUACAAGUCAAGAUCGAAACUUAUGCCACCAACUGAAGACACAAUCGCGUCCACACAGAGCUCAGAACCAAGUCAAUUGGGAGCAGGUCUUCCGUCUUAUUCUCAAGGAUUACUUUGAAGAGUUCCCUGAACGUUCAGUGCUGGUCUACCAAAACUGGAUCAUGGGACUCUGUAAAAAGAUCGUUGUAUCAGGAAACGCAGGAUUGCCUCUCAAAGAUCUUCCUGCCUUUGAAAUCGCUUUGAUCCCUGAUCAGAAGCUCUAUCGAGAGUUCUUUGCUUUGAGGAUUAAGCAAUGUAUACUUGAACUUCGUCCUAGCGUUACUUGGAGCCAUGUCUAUAGUUUCCCUCCCGAAGUUCAAAUUGCAGAUCCACCUGAGGAGAUCACAGAGUGGGUGACCGAUAGCUCGAAGAGCAGUUUUGAGUAUAAGGCAUGGGUUUAUUUGCAAGAAAAAGAGCUUGGCCUUCAUCCCAACAUCGGCGAUAGUAAUCAUAAUCUGCCUCUACGUGGUUGGGUUUUGCAUUAUCCUUCUCUCUCGAAAUUAUCUCCAACAAUGUUGGAUAAUAUUCGCACACCGAUUACCUUUACACACAGUACAUCGGUGCUGAGCGAUGGAAAAAAACGCUCUGCUCCUACAUUCGACGAUCUCAGCUGCAAUCUGAAUUACGCUACGAACCUAGCCUCCCUCUCUUACAUUCUGGGCCAUGAAAGACGGGGUUCCGCAUUCCCGAUCAUUCAUAACGAGACCCUCCGUUCUACCACGGUCCUUCCAAUUGUCCUCCGCUCCCUCGAGAACUCUCUCGCUGUCGAGCCCAAGCAGAGCACUCCAAAUACCAACCCUCAUUCUUUGAUCCCCGCCCCUCUAUCCCAGCUCACAACGUUCAGUAUCAAGACUUCGAAACCAAUACCCCCCCAGAACAUGUGGUGGGCCCAAACACUGCGUAGAAGACCCUGCUAGCCUGCGUAAAGGCGCGGAAGUUAUAAAUAGAUUACUGGCAAUUUCUCCGGAGAUAUCACGGAUUGCGAUGGUACCUGAAAUGGGCCGGCGAUUAAUUAAUAAAGGAUGGGGAGUUAGUUGUUACCAGUUUGUCUGAGCCGCGGGAGACGGUAGAAAAUUGUUGAUUUGUGAGAAGAC